ACUCCUGGGCGGAAGGGGCGUGGCUCCGAGUGCGGAGUGGCCGGAACCCGGAAGUGCGGGCUCCCUUGAGGCAGAGGUGCGGAAGCCUUGGCUGAGCAUGGCGCUGGAAGGGAAGAACAAGCGGAGGAAGUCGCAGAGUGCCCAGGACAGAGAGGACGCGGACGGCUGCGUCGGUGGGAAGCCGGCAGGAGGCUAUCUGGUUGGACAAGUCGCCGACAGCCUGUCCCGCGGCGAGCGGCCCUCCGGGGGCAGCGCGGGCCGGCUGGCUGCCCUCUUCGGCUCCUGGGAGCCCGAGCUUCAACCCGUGUACGUGCCUGCGCCCAAAGAAACCGCCAAAAAAAGGAAACGGGAUGAGGAGGAAGAAAGUCCAUCCCAAAUUCAAAGACCACUUUUGCAAGAACCUGCAAAAAAAAUGAAAGUGAAGAAGAAAUUUUCUGAUGCAGACAAAAAGUUGGCAGACAGAGAAAAUGCUUUAGAAUGUGCUGAUUUGGAAGAAGAAAUUCACCAGAAACAAGGGCAGAAAAGGAAGAAAUCUCAGCCUGGUGUUAAAGUAGCAGGUAAAAAAGAAUUUGAUGAUGUAGAUGAGACAGUUGUGAAUCAGAGAAAGAAAAUUCAAAGCAACCAAGAAGAAGAGAGAUUAAAGAAUGAGAGAACUGUGUUUGUGGGGAAUUUGCCUGUCACCUGUAACAAGAAGAAGCUGAAGUCACUUUUUAAAGAGUAUGGACAAAUCGAAUCUGUACGAUUUCGCUCUCUGAUUCCAGCAGAGGGCACUUUGUCCAAAAAGUUGGCAGCAAUAACACGUAAAGUUCACCCUGAUCAGAAAAACAUUAAUGCUUAUGUUGUGUUCAAGGAUGAGAGCGCGGCUACAAGAGCACUGGAAAGAAAUGGGGCCCAAAUUGCAGAUGGAUUUCGGAUUAGAGUGGAUCUUGCAUCGGAGAGCUCAUCUAGGGACAAGAGAUCUGUAUUCGUGGGGAAUCUGCCGUACAAAAUUGAAGAAUCUGCAGUGGAGAAGCACUUUCUGGACUGUGGCAGCGUCGUGGCGGUGAGGGUUGUGAGAGACCAGGUCACAGGAGCCGGCAGAGGGUUUGGCUACGUGCUCUUCGAGAAUACAGAUGCUGUUCAUCUUGCUCUGAAAUUAAAUAAUUCUGAACUGAUGGGAAGGAAACUCAGAGUCAUGCGUUCCGUUCAUAAAGGAAAGUUAAAACAAAAUUCAAAUCCUACUUCGAAGAACGUCAGUAAACCUGAGCAGGGACUUAAUUUUGCUUCAAACAAUGUUCAACAUUCUAAAAGUUUGUUUAUUGGAGAAAAGGCUGUUCUCAUUAAGAAGAAAAAGAAAGGACAGAGGAAACAUGGACAAACUAAGAAAAAACAGAAGUAACAACCUGAAGUUCUGGGGUUUUUUUCCACUUACUGGUAAUAAAAGUGUCGUGAGUCCCUGUA